UAACUCUUACAAACGCCAUGGCACCGACCAAAAUCACUGCUUGCGUUGUCAAAGAUCUUCGUUUUCCAACCUCACUUGAGAAGGACGGAUCAGAUGCAGUGAACAAGGAGCCUGAUUACAGUGCCGGGUACUGCAUUCUGAAGACUGACUCGAGUCUUGAGGGACAUGGGUUCACCUUCACCUGUGGGAGGGGCACUGAAAUAGUCUGCACGGCCAUCACAGCAUUGGGCAAACUGGUUGUUGGUCAAAACCUGUCCGCCAUCUUUGCCGACUUCGCCAGUUUCUGGAGGUCUUUGACAAGCGAGGACCAAAUGAGAUGGCUCGGCCCUGAGAAGGGGAUUAUGCACCUUGCCGUGGCUGCCAUUACGAACGCUGUGUGGGAUCUCUGGGGCAAGGUUGAAGGCAAGCCAGUUUGGAAGCUGCUUGUUGACAUGACCCCAGAAGAGCUGGUGAACACCAUUGACUUCCGCUACAUGUCGGAUGGCUUGUCCAAAGAAGAAGCCCUGGCACUUCUGCGGCGCAUGGAGCCGGGAAAACAAGAAAGAGAACGCAACAUCCUCCGGAACGGCUUACCGUGCUACAUCACCUCCUUCGGCUGGCUCGGCUACGACGACGACAAGAUCAGGAGACGCUGUAGAGAAGUCAUGGCGAAAGGAUUUACAAGGUUCAAGGCCAAGGUGGGAGGGACGUUGGAGGACGACAUUCGACGUCUCGCCAUCAUCAGGGAGGAGAUCGGCCCAGACGCCCUGCUGUACGUUGAUGCCAACCAGAAAUGGGAUGUGGAGGAGGCCAUUGACUGGAUGAAGAAGCUGGCUCAGUUCAAGCUCACCUGGAUUGAGGAACCCACCAGCCCUGACGAUAUCCUGGGCCAUGCUGAGAUUGCCCGGGCGCUGAAUCCCCUCGGCAUCGGCGUGGCAACCGGGGAGCACUGCCAGAACAGGGUCAUGUUCAAACAGUUCCUCAAGGCCAAGGCUCUCCAGUUCUGUCAGAUAGACGCAUGUCGUCUAGGAGGAGUCAGCGAGAACGUGGCCGUCAUCCUAAUGGCUAAAUCGUUUGGAGAUAUCCCGGUCUGUCCACACGCCGGUGGGGUGGGGAUGUGUGAGCUGGUACAACGCCUGUCUGUGUUCGACUACAUCUGUGUCUCAGGCACGUUCGAAUCCAGGUGGACGGAGUAUUCCGAGCACCUGCACGACCAUAUGGUGCACCCCGUGCUGGUGCGAGACUGCAAGUACAUCGUUCCACAGAGUCCCGGAUAUAGCUCUGAGGUCAAGGCCACGACGCUGGAGGACUACGUGUUUCCGGUAGGACGGGUCUGGAGGAAGCUCAUCGCUGAUGGCAUUCACAGUGGUCAAUAGGAGACUCCGGGCCGGGGCUGGACUGGAAUCUCUAUGUUUUAAAACAAAUUCAGAAUUUAAGUUACAUUAUAACCUAUCGAAGAUUGCACAUUAAUGAUAUAGAGAUUUGUUCAGUCUAUGUCCUGACUGUGUUGAGGGUCAUCUUCCUGGAUCAAGGGAAUUAACUGACGGUUUUCAGCAUUGACAAAUUUGCUUCGAAAUCGAUCGUAGUGUCAUUUGGUCAUUAUUGACAUGGGGUGGUGGGUUAAUUUAGUGUUUAAAAUUUUCGCAAGUCACUCCGAAGAUCCGGUUUCGAUUCCCUACAAGGGUAAAUUAUGUGAUGCCCAUUUCUAGUAACCUCUGGGAUGAUAUCGCUGGAAUGUUGCUAUAAGCAUAAAACCAUAUUCACUCACUCGUCUAUUAACCGGCAUAAAACAAUACUCACUCACUCACUCACCACUUGACCAAUCAAAAUCCUUCUCUCGUAUCACUUGCUUCAGUUGCAAUAUAAUUAAUUGUGGCGUCCAGUAAAGAUGAUCUGGGCGAUAAUCUAGAUCGUUCCAAAACGGGUCUUACAUUGCGAAGUGCAUGAAAUUAUUUGAGCACGUUGAAUAAAAACACGAAAAGAUUUGGAAAAUACAUGUAUCUAUCUACGCUGACCGUACACAUCCUGCAAUUGAACAAUAAUUCCAUGGCAGUCGCCAUGUAGUUGAACCGUAUGUCGAUUUCGUUAAACGUUUUGAUUGGGCUAUGCGUGGAGUCGUAAUUCCAGCCAAAAUAUUAGUCCAUAAUUCAAGCCCAUUUCGGUAAUGAUUUUGUAGUCAGUUUCCCCCCUUGUCUCGGGAAGAUACUGGAAUGAGUAAUAUGGUAAAUAACAGAGAAGCUGAAAAUGGAUCUGACUCGAGGUAUUGGUUGUUGGUGCCCUACCUGGCUGAGCAUCCACUAUCGAGAUAUUAUAUCCUCUAAAUUCAAGAACCCGUGAAGAUCCGGGUUAGAAUGAGCAUUCAGCAACCCAUGCUUGUCGUAAGAGGCGACUAACGGGAUCGGGUG